AUGCCCCAGAUGUACAAUAUGCCUCCGUACAAUAUGUCUCCGCCCAUCAACAGCUUCGCGCACCAGAGUGGUUAUUUUGGAUCCGCUGUUCCACCACCAACGGCACAACAAGACACCACUACCGAAUAUCCGCUGCACCAGAAUGAAACGGAAGCCCACACAUUCUAUCCCGUGGGCCGCACAACUUCUCAUGGCUCAGCAUUGAGCCUACCCCCACCCGAGUCGCCAAAUGCUUUGUACAUGCACGGUCAGCCGCAGCAUAGCCAACAACCAUUGCCUUCAAUCGGGAUGGCGAUGCAACCCUUCCCACCAACCAAAACCCCAGUGCUGGGAUCACGGAUGCAAUGGACGCCAGUUCUCGACCUUUUCGAACUUACUACGCCACCAGAGAGAGAAAAGUGGUAG